CGCCAGCCCUUCUAUCGGAGGAUCCGUCGACUUGGGCGAGUCUUGAGGAACUCGACCCAUUGACGGUUGAGGACUUCCAAUGGUUGCCUCUUCCCUCCACCGGUUCUUUGCCAACUCCGCAUUGCAAUGCCUUAAUGGCACAUCUACGCGAACACUUGCACGCUGCAGUACCAUCUCCGUCGACGGACGGCGGAGUAGCGAUUGUUGACCUUUGUAACUAUCUUGCGAAGAUCGACCGUGAGUACGCAACGCAACGGUAUGUCGACAACGACGCGCCGCUCCUCUACAUCCACAUUCAGAUCGGAAAGGCGACCUGCAGUGCCGUGAUCGAUUGUGGAGCGACUCGCAACUACAUCAGCCAAGACUUCAUGGCACGCGCCAGGCUCGGCCCGCGCGUUCGAAGGAAAAGUCAGCCUACGCACGUCACGUUGGUCGAUGGUCACACACAAAAGUCAAUCGACCGAUGCGUUGACUCGGUGCCCGUGUACUUUGCCCCGCUAGCAAGCGAGGCCGUGUCUUUCGACAUAUUGGACACCAAGUUCGAUAUGAUCCUAGGCAUGUCGUGGCUGCAAAGCGAAGACCACCCGGUGAACUUCCAUCGCCGCACCGUUCACAUUCGUGAUCGGCGUGGCGAACUAGUCCCGUGUACGGUGCCGCUUCCUCAUCCUUCGAUUGGUUGUCACGUGGUAUCCGCGGCGAGCAUUCCCCAAUCCAUCCAGCGGAACGACAUCGAGGAGAUGGGCAUAUAUUUUCUUCACGCCCUCCCACCCGGUGAUCAGCCCAAGACGGAUACGUCGGACCCACGCAUCAUUGAGCUGUUGGACAACUAUGAGGAUGUCUUUCAAGCUCCCGCCGGAGUCAUACCGGAUCGGCCCAUAUGCCACGGGAUCACUCUCGAGGACGACGCCGUACCUUCGCGCGGAUGUAUCUACCGCAUGAGCGAAGAGGAACUACAAGUGCUUCGGGCACAACUAGACGACCUCUUAGCCAAGAGCUGGAUUCGCCCUUGCUGUUCGCCAUACAGUGCUCCCGUUCUCUUCGUCCGGAAGAAGAACAAGGACCUCCGUUUGUGCAUCGACUACCGAAAACUUAACGCGCAAACGAUCAAGAACGUCGACCUUCUCCCUCGGAUCGAUGAUCUUCUCGAGCGACUAGGCGGCGCCAAGUACUUCUCGAAGCUUGACCUCAAGUCCGAUUAUCACCAGAUCGAGAUUCAGCCAAGAGAUCGGUACAAAACCGCUUUCAAGACGCGGUAUGGGCACUUUGAGUGGAUCGUCAUGCCUUCCGGUCUCACCAAUGCCCCGGCUACUUUCCAAGCGGCUAUGACGACGGAAUUUUGUGACUUACUCGACCGCUCCGUACUCAUUUACCUCGACGACAUCUUGGUUUAUAGUCGGUCGCUGGACGAGCAUCUCGAGCACCUUCACGCCGUAUUGGAGCGGCUUCGUAUCGCCAAGUACAAGGCGAACCUUUGCCACCGGAACAAAGGGCGCCAUCAGCUCCCUUACGGCGAACUGAAACCAUUGCCGAUUCCUCGGGCACUGGGUCUCUCCAUUGCUAUGGAUGUGACCGGUCCUUUCCCUCGCGAUCGCCUUGGUCAUGAUGGUAUUCUCACGGUCGUUGACCGUUUGAGCAAGUACGCUCGAUUUCUUCCAUGCAAGUAUCAGGCGAUGGCUCCCGAGCUCGCACGACUUUUGCACACCGACUGGUUUUGCAGCCACGGCGUUCCGGAAGACAUCGUCAGCGACCGCGACACUCGUUUCAUGUUGGCCUUUUGGACGACACUCGUGGUGGAAUACGGCACCAGCAUGAAACCGAGUUCCGCACGGCAUCCUCAAACGGAUGGGCAAACGGAACGUGCGCACCAGACGACGCAGAUGAUGCUCCGCACGCUCAUCCGCCCGGAUCAGAAGGACUGGGUUGACCGCCUUCUCGACAUCGAGUUCGCCUACAACACUUCGGUGCAACCAGCGAUUCACGUGACUCCAUUCGAGUUGCACCACGGUGGACGGAAAGGACGUAUCUUCGCAGACAUUUUGCUUCCACGGGCUUUCGAUAUAGACGCCGCUUGCUCCCCCGCUUCCACACGAAAGUACAAGGAACUGCUGGCCAAAGCCCGCACAAACAUGCAAAAGGCUCAGGUCCGUAUCCAGCAGCAAGCGAACCGGCGUCACAUCCCAUGUCCAAUUCGCGCUGGCGACCUAGUUUGGGUCGCCUCCGAGGAAUUCGCGCUCGAGCACGACGUCUCGCGGAAGCUCCUCCCGAAGUGGUUUGGACCAUGGAUGGUCACUUCAGCAGCUGGCGACGACCUCGCGGGUCCAUCAUUCAUCGUUGAGAUUCCCCCGCAUUUGACGGUCCACCCGAUCUUUCACGCUUCAAAGUUGGCGGUUUACACUCCAGCCUCCGCAGCGGACUUCUCGGGCAGACGGUCACAGGACCCGCCUUCAAUGGAUGGUCAUCAGGAGGUCGACCGCGUUCUCACGCAUCGCAAGCAUGGCAACAAGCCGAUGCAGUACAAAGUUACCUUCAAGCAAUGCUAUCCGAACGACACACGCUGGAUUUCAAGAGCUGAUCUGAAGGCGACAACACCCCUCAUCUUCGCACAUUACGAAAAACAGCGACUUGCUAAGGAAGCUGCCCAACCUGCCCACCCUGUACGGACAUCGGUCAGACAGCUUCGCCCUCGCAGUUAGCUCGGUCUUUCAAGGGGGGGAGUGUGUGGCAUACUGAGCCACACGGGCCC